UCUCACAUUGUGUAUAACAACAUUUUCAUCACCUAGUUUUUCGUAGUUACUGACGUAUUGAAACAAUUAAGAUUCCUCUGCAUCCCCGCCUUCUACAUAUUGAGGAUUUCAGGACCCUGCAGAACUCAUCUCUCUCACUCACACACACACACACAAACAGAGAGAGAGGUGGAACAAUGCCUUACAAAAGUCGUUCUAGCUUUCAACUGUCUGCGUUACCAGUUACCAUCUUCGCACAUUUGAUAGUCAUAGCAGUGACUACCCUUGUGCUCGUUUGGCUCCUUCACUUUCGGGAAGGCCUCGCUUUCAAAUCAGUCAUCAAAGCAAAGAUUUUCAAUGUGCACCCACUUCUAAUGACAGUUGGAUUCAUUUUAAUGGGAGGAGAAGCUAUCAUGGCAUACAAGUCAAUCCCAGGAACAAGAAAUGUGCAAAAAGGGUUUCACCUGACAUUGCAUUUCAUCGCUUUUCUUUCUGGAAUUGUUGGAAUAUAUGCAGUUUUCAAGUUUCAUAACGAGCUUGACAUUCCAGAUAUGUAUACCUUGCAUUCUUGGCUUGGCAUGUCCACCAUCUGUUUAUUUGGCCUGCAGUGGCUCAUAGCUGCCUUCUCCUUCUGGUGGCCUCGUGCAGAGAAGCAGUCAAGGGCAAGGCUUGCUCCGUGGCAUGUUUUCUUAGGCAUGGUCAUCUUCCUCAUGGCAAUACUGAGUGCUGAGACAGGUUUGCUGGAGAAAUUUCUCUUCCUAGGCCUCUACCGCAGCCGAGAAGCAAUGAUAGUGAACUUCACUGGACUACUAUUACUCAUCUUUGGAAUAUCUGUUGGUCUCACUGUUCUCCUUCCGCAGAGUUAAUAGCAAAGCUCGAAAUUAUGUCUAUCUUCAUGGCUCUUGUAAGUUGAUUAUGUUUGUAGACAAUUUGCUAAAAAUUUGUUAUUGAUUACUAGAAUAAUAAUUCCAUUCUAGUGAAUGUUCAACAAACAAUAAUAGAAAGUAAAAGAGUGUCUCUAUUUGUUGUGGGAUGAUGUUCCCUGUACACUUGGUAAAUAAAACUUAUGGUUACCAGUUCAGUUGGCUAGGAUGGUAUUCUGGGAAGUUUGUGAACGGGGGUGGAACUCAGCUCUCUGAUAUCCAUACGGACCAUACUUUCAGUGCCCGAGUGCCAUUUGUUGAUGAUGAUAGUCUUCAUUUUUUUUCCCUGAGCUUUGUCAGCAGAAGGGUGGUAGUGAUUGUGGUUGUUUUGGUCUAUUUCGUAUUACUAGGCCUCUGUUUGCUAAGAGGCGUGGCUAGAUGUAUUGGUGUUAUCUUUCAUUAUUUUUUUCACCAUUUCUGGGUUCUGGAAAUGGUCGUUUCAAUUGUAUUGCGAGGGUAUGCCCUCUUUGGCUGCCUUAUAUUCUUUCUUUUUUGGUUCAAUGAAAUCAAUCUUAGGAGAAAAAAUAAACUUAUGGUUAGAAAAGUAUGAUGCUGAA